AUGCGGGCCAUCGAGCGAUAUAUGCAGAGCGUAGUUCAGUUCCGGGAGAAGCUUAGCGUACUAGUCCAUGUUACCGCCGGCCAGCCCGGACGCGCACUAGAGUUGUUAAGUAUCCGCUAUCGCAACACCGAUAGGGGGCACCGCAAUAUAUUCGUAGAAGAUGGGCUCAUCGUAUUCGCCACCAAGUACCACAAGGGGUUUUACGCGAGCAACGACGCUAAGAUCAUCCAUCGAUAUUUGCCGCGCGCUGUUGGGGAGCUCGUGGUGUGGUAUUUGUGGUUAGUAUUACUAUUCGUCGAACGAUUGCAGGCGUGGCAGCAGCAUGUGCAGGGCAUCAGUCGCGAGACCAUCCAGGCCAUCCAAUCCCGCGGAUCAUACAUCUGGGGCCCCGACCCACACAAUGGACGCGAGUAG